AUGAAUCGGCUGUCAAGAGGAAGACUGUUGGUUGACCUGGUCACUUCAAAAGAUAAACUAUGUGAAGUACUCGACGAAGUAACUGGAGAGUUUCGACCCACUUUGGCUGACGCUCGAGAUCAGUUUGAUUUAAGUGAUGACGAGACAUUCUACGAAAUUUCGGAUUUCGAAUCAGUCGAACCUUCAGAUCCUGAGUUUGUUGUUGAUAAUAUUUUACAAAACUCUUCUAGUGAUACGGAGAUUGAAGAAGUUUUAGACGAACAACGUGGACAGUUAACACGUAAACGAAAAAGAGACGGCCGGCAGAAAAAGCGAAACAGUAAAGGUAAAGCAGAUAGAUCAACAUGGAAAAGAAUUAAAAACGCUGAGGCAAGACUUAAAGGAGAGCAGUAUGAGGGCUUUCAAAAGGAUGAACACGGAAAAUAUCAACAGACUGUCGUUCGUCCGGCUAAAACAUUGCAAAGUCCCUGCAAUGGUCAUACUAAAACACAGCAUCGUGGUCCGCAGCAGCAAUUUGAAUGUGAUAAUAUGACUGAAAAUGAAAGACAGAUAAUAUUUCAUGAGUUUUGGAAGAUACCAUCAUGGAAUGCUCGAAAAGUUCAUGUCCGAAGCUUGACUACCAUCAGCGCUCCGCAGUAUCGUCGUAGUUCUUCGGAAAACAGCAGAAAAGGGACUUCUUUCAAGUAUUUUUUAAUGUUGCGGUCAGAAAAUACUGCUAAAAGAAUACACGUCUGCAAGGUAAUGUUUCUGAGAACAUUGGGCAUUGGCCAAAGACAGCUGAGAGACUGGCUUACAGAAACUCCUUUGAUUGCGAGGGAUCCUGUUCUUACUCCAGCCCUAUCACAGCCCGGGAAAGAUAAAUCGGAAGAAGUUAACAGUAUUGUUGAAUUCUUUGAUAAGUUGCCUAAAGUAGAAUCUCAUUAUUGCCGCAGCUCCACUACAAAGAAAUAUUUAGAACCUAUUUGGAAUAGCAUUACAGGCGAUUUAUACACAGAAUACAUAAAUUUUUGCACCACUAAUAAUAAGAAAAAACAUAGCACUGCUUCUUUUUCCCGAAAAUUUCAUGAUUUAAACAUUUCUAUUUUUAAACCUAGAAAAGAUCAGUGCUGCAAAUGCAUUGCGUUCAAACAUGGAAAUAUAACUGCAGAUGACUAUGCCAGCCAUUUACAAAGGAAAGAAAGGUCUAGGGAAGAGAAACAUAAUGAUAAAGAACACUCUGAGGGUGAAGAGUCGUCAAAACUCGUCAGAGAUAAAAAGAAAGGAGUUAAGGGUAAUGUUUUUAAAGUAGCAGGAGCUAAAAGCUUGAAAAAAACUAAAGCCAAAGCUGUGAACCUAGGAUUAAAAAAAAACAUAAAACAGAAUAUUGUGGAUAUAGAUAAGCAGUUUUUAGAUAUAAGUAAGAAUCCGAAAGCAAGAACUAUAGAAGAAGCUAAAACUAUAGUUAAACCAGAACAGAAGAAAACUGAAAGUAAAAUAACGAAAGAGGAAGUGGCAUCAACAGCUGAUCAAAUAGUGAAGAUGGAUUUA